CCGGAUUGAAGCCUAAUGAGGUUAUAUCGAACAGUCAUGACGAGCUGGAAACAAAAAAACAGUUACCAGCAAUUUAGCAAGUUACUAGAGAAAUCUAAUAAUGAUCAGCGUAACUACAGACUCAUAAAGCUUGAAAACAAUUUGGAGUGCUUACUUAUCAAUGACAAUCAAACAGACAAAGCAUCUGUCGCUAUUGACGUGAAAGCUGGACAUUUAUUAGAUCCAAAGGAAUUACAAGGAUUAGCACACUUCAACGAGCAUAUGUUAUUUCUUGGUACAUCCAAGUAUCCCGUUGAAAAUGACUAUCAGGAUUAUUUGAGUAAGAACUCAGGAUACAGUAACGCGUAUACAGAUAUGAUAGACACAAAUUACUAUUUCACUUGCUCAACGAACGCAUUAAAAGGCGCAGUAGAUAGGUUCAGUCAGUUCUUUAUCGCGCCACUAUUCACUCAGUCGUGUACCCAAAGAGAAGUCAAGGCAGUAGACAGCGAGAACAAAAAGAAUUUACAGUCAGACCUCUGGAGACUGUUCCAGCUUGAAAAAGGACUCUCUAACGCUCCUUUGAGUAACUUUGGUACUGGAAAUUGGGAUACACUCUACUCAGAGCCAAGCCUUAAAGGAAUGGAUCCAAGGGAAGAGCUUAUCAAGUGGUACGAAACACAUUACUCUUCUCACCUCAUGAAAUUGUGUGUUCUCGGUAAAGAAAGUCUCGAUGAACUUGAGCAACUCACAGUAGAAAACUUCUCCGCAAUACCACAAAGAAACAUUCCAGAACCACAAUUCAGCAGCAACGUUUGGCCAGAAGAUGCUCACAAGAGUAUCAUAUUUGCAGAAACUAUCAAAGAUCUUAGACAAUUAACCAUCACUUUCAAAUUUCCUGAACAGGAUGCACAUUAUAACACCAAACCGGGUAACUUCCUUAGCCACAUUUUAGGUUAUGAAGGCAAAGGUAGUUUGUGUUCCUAUCUCAAACAACUUGGUCAUAUCAACUCACUUUCUGCUGGUUUUGGAUUUAGUGCACCUGGGUUUGAAUUCUUUAAAAUUAAUCUCGAUUUAACAACAAGAGGUGUUGGAGAAUGGAAACAAUGUUUGAAGUUAAUUUUCAACUACAUUGAUAUGAUGAAAAAGUUCUCUGACAAUCCUCCUGAAUAUCUCUUCAGAGAGACUCAAGAUUUGGCUACAAUUGCUUUCAGAUUUAAAGAGCAAGGUCAACCUGAGAAAGUUACAUCAAGUGUAGCUAGACUCAUGCAAAAGCCAUACGAAAGAGAGCAUAUCUUAUCAGGUUCUCAUUUAGUUAGAGAAUAUGAACCAAACUGUAUCAAAGAAUCUCUUAAUGCGCUCAACUUGGACAACUGUCGUGUUCUUUUAGCAGCCAAAGAUCCGAUCGAAGGUGUUGGUGAACUUGAUCGUACUGAAAAGUGGUACGGUACUAAGUACAGAGUCGAUCCAUUACCUGAAGAGUUGUUAAAUGAGAUUAGAAACACCACGAGUCCAUCUGAAAUGCAUCUUCCUCAUCCAAACCAGUUCAUUCCAAAGAACUUCGAUGUUGAAAAGAAGGAGGUUGAAGAACCAUCAAUCACUCCAGCGCUUCUCAGAGAUACUAAGAACGUUCGUCUUUGGCAUAAGAAAGAUGAUCAGUGGUGGGUUCCGAAAGCUCAUGUUUACAUGAUAAUGAAAUCGCCAUCAAUUCUCAAAUCAGCUAAGGCUAGUGUAACUACGCGCCUUUUCAAUGAGUUAUUGCUCGAUGAAAUGAAUGAGUACGCAUAUGACGCAGAAUGCGCUGGAUUCGCUUAUAGUAUUGAAUCAACUGGUGAUGGUGUUCUCAUCCACGUAAAGGGUUAUAAUGACAAGCUUACUACGCUCCUCCAUCAAGUCAUUUCAACGUUAAAGAACCUUCAUAUUAGUGAAGAUCGCUUUAACGUUAUUAAAGAACGUAUUGAAAGAGUCUACGCUAAUUUUUCUAUGGAUGCACCACUUAUGCACGCAAACGUCGCAACAUAUUCACUUACACAGAAGGUUUUCUUUACGUUCGACGAACGUCUCGAAGCCGUAAAAAGUAUCACUAAGGAGGAUGUUGAAAAUCAUGCAAAGGAAUUCCUUGAAAGAUUAUACUUGGAGUUAUUUAUCCAUGGCAAUGUCACAGAUGAUUCAGCUAUCCAAAUAAGUAAAGAUAUUGAGACUGUAUUGCAACCAGCCUCUUUGUCAGAGGAAGAAAGACAAUCAUUACAAUCUUCAUUAGUACCACAAGGUGAUCAUGUAUACGUCAAGAAAGUACAAAACCCAGCUCAAAUUAAUUCUGCAAUUGAAUAUUACAAUGAAGUUGGUGAUGUUGUAGACUUAGACUUACGUACGAAGCUCUCUUUAUUCGCACAAAUAGUUCAUGAACCUGCAUUCGAUCAAUUGAGAACGAAAGAACAAUUAGGAUAUAUGGUAUUUAGCGGUAUGCGCAAAUCAAUCGGUGCUAUGGGAUUCAGAGUCUUAAUUCAAUCUGAAAGGCCACCUGCUUUCUUAGAACAACGUAUUGAAGAAUUCUACGAUGUAACAGUCAAGAAUUUAUUGGAAAGCAUGACAGAGGAAGCAUUUGAAAAAAAUAAGAAUAGUUUAAUGGAAGAAAAACUUGAAAAGCCAAAGAAUCUUAACAACGAAUCAUCAAGAUUAUGGGUAGAAUUGAGUGGAGGAUACUACGAUUUCACUAGGAGACUUAAGGAGGUCGAAAGUAUAAAGAAGAUUAAAAAAGAGGAUAUACUUAAUUUCUUUUACACUUACAUUCAUCAAUCAAGUGAUAAAAGAAGUAAACUUUCAACUCAUUUGGUAUCUCAAUCCAUACCAGAACAAUACAAAGAAUUCAACUCUGUUGAAUCACUCAGAACAUCUAACAAGAUUUACGAAGAUAUUCCAUCAUACAAAACACAAGCCAAGACAUCAUCCCACGCAAAACCAGUCGCACAAAUUCCAAAACCAGCAAUUGAUAACUAAAUUAUUGUAGUUAUAAGAAUAAACUUGACAUUACCGUUGAAUUAGUAACAAAAAUAAAGAUUUAUGAAAUAUGCUGCUCAGAAUGUUCUUAAAAAUAAAUUUACUUCAAACUUGCUCUUAAUCGUUUUAUGAGGUUUCUAACUUUGAAAUUGUUUCACAUAACCUGUUAAUUUCACUCUUGUAAUUAACAGUACUAGCUCUGUUGAUUUGAUGUCUUACUCUAACAUUAUCAUUAAAGGUAUCUUGCUUUGCACGGCAGUUGAAAUUAAAUGAUGAACCCAAAGCAUUCUUUACAGCUGCUUCGAAAGAAGCAUCAUCACCAUUGUUCACCAUAGCUUGUAAGUCAUUUGCAGGCAUUUUGAAAAGCUCUAAUCCAAAGUCAUUGAAACCAGACAACCAGAUUUGACCAGUGUGAUCUGUAGCGUUACAUGUAAUAAUGUAUCUGUAUUCAGGCGCAUCAAAUGAUGAUUCACACUUUUCGCAUCUCCAUUUAUCAUUCAUAUCCUGAGUUAAUUUCUUCAUAUCAUUUGGACAACUUGGGUAAGUGAUAUUUUCCUUUUUGAUAUAUGUGACAGUCGCUUUGCCUGUCCAGUAAUCAGGUUUACCAGAAUCAUUGAGUCCCAAUUGUGAUUGUUUCACUUGCUCAAGUGUUUUAAUUUCAUUUGGUUUAACUGUACCAGGUUCAGGCUUGACAGUGCUGCUUGAAUUGUUGAAAGUACUGAAUUGUUCAUUCUUACCUUGUUGAUCGUACCAUCCUCUCAAGCUAUGUGCUUCUGGUAUAUCUGGGUUAACGAAUAAAGUUGAUGCACCAACCAUUGAUAAUGAUCUACCACCAAAAUCGCUUACUUUAACACCCUUGAAUGCAAUAACAGGUUCAUUAACUUGAUCAAAGUUUUCAGCUAAUUUACCCCACAAAGUGAGUCUAACAGAUUGCUGGGAUCUAUCAACGAUAUUUAAUUCCCUCUUUGUGUAUGGUUUUUGAGUUGACUUUGAAAUAAUUUGUGAAGGCUCUUCAGCGGUAGUAACUACACCUAAAACAUCAGUAAUUGCGUUAGGCUCGAGGUUCUCCAAGUUUUGUAAUUCUGUAAAACUAUACUUGACAUCAGGUACGUCAGAAGUGUCAUAACAAGGUUCAAUGUGAGUAGUUUUAUCGAAAGCUAUUUCAUAUUCAUUUUGUAAGUUACUGAAUUGCUUCUUCGCGAUUUGAACUCUAGCUUUCGUGAUGAAGAAUACUUUUCCUUCUUCUAACAUGUUAUAAAAUUCAUCAACUGAUUCAUUGAAACCUGUGGCGCGUAUUUCGCCAGUUUCGUCCAUCAAAUUGACGGAGAACAACUUUCCUUCACCACGUUGAUUUGACCAAAACUUAAUGUCAGAUUUCUGGGUAACUCUAGCCUUUAUAGUCCACUUAUUUUGGUAUGGAGAAAGGCCUUCUAUAGGGUAAACAGGUGCUUGCGAAGAAGGACCUUUGCUGAAGUUUGGUUUAAUGUCUGGUUUAACAUCUGGUUUAAUGUCUUGCUGUUGUGGUUGUUGCUCUGUUUGUUGUUGUGGCUGUUGUGACUUUGUCUGAUCGAAAUUCUGUGGUGAUCCGAUCUUCUCCAGAGGGCCUGUCUCUACGAUAUCAAUUUGUAGUGCGAUAACGAGCAAUCUGUUCUGUACAACGUUCACAGCAUAAUUCAAAAGUUUGAUAACGCUGUUCUUUAUAAGUAACUCUUGCUCAGGGUAUGAAUUGAGUUGUGUACCAAGCAUAGCUUGCAUGUAGUACUUUCCAUCAGAUAAAACCAUUCUGUAUCUAUCUGGUGCUUUAUCUGAACUUGCAGUCGCCUUCUUAACUUGCAAAACUUGUACAACUGGAUUUUGUCCCGCAAGUAAACCGGCAGGAUUUUCGGAAUUUAUCGCUUCUAUCGCAUCUUUCGUUAAUUCUGGCAUGGUCGUCGUUUUGAUAGUGACGAACUUGUGGCGAACCGCGUCAAGUCGCGUUUUUUAUUAGGAUAUAAAAUUAUUAAAUUACAAUUAAUUUACUCUGUUUGGGUGCUAACAUCUUUUGUAGCUUUAAAUACGCGUGGAUGUACG